UGGGUUUGGUUUACGUCACUUCCUGUAGUAGCUCCGUGAAUGCCGGAAGCUGCACGCGUGGAGGAACUAGGAGUUGGACCACACCGGGGAUGCUAUGGGCCGGAGGAAGGUGCAGGGUAGUGGGUCGCUGGGCCGGACCCUUAUCCGCCACCAGACACAGCGGAGCCGUAGACACCGUCACACCGACUCCUGGUUGCACACCAGUGAACUGAACGACGGAUAUGACUGGGGCCGCCUCAAUCUGCAGUCGGUGACUGAGCAGAGCUCCCUCGAUGACUUUCUGGCAACCGCAGAACUCGCAGGAACAGAGUUCGUAGCUGAGAAGCUAAAUAUUAAGUUUGUACACCCUGAGACCAGAACUGGGCUGCUGUCAUUUGAGGAGAGCCAGAGAAUUCAGAAGCUCCAUGAAGAAAACAGACAGUUCUUGAGCAUCCCCAGAAGACCAAUUUGGGACAAAAAUACUAGCCCAGAAGAACUCAAACAGGCUGAGAAGGAUAACUUCCUAAAAUGGAGACGCAAGCUUGUCCGACUAGAAGAGGAACAGAAGUUGAUACUAACUCCAUUUGAGCGAAAUUUGGACUUUUGGCGCCAGCUCUGGAGAGUCAUUGAAAGAAGUGAUGUUGUGGUCCAGAUAGUGGAUGCUCGAAACCCACUCCUGUUUCGCUGCCAGGAUUUGGUAAGUGCCAAUUGCCGUCCUUGGGACAGCAGAGAGGCCGGAACCUCAGCACGUGCCUGCGGCUGCUGCUCUGCCCUCCUUUCCUUGAGGCCCUGGGCUCGCACAGUGCGUCUGCUUGGACAGGUGACUUGUCAGCGGCUGUUUCCGUCUGCAGGAAUGCAUCGUGCUGCUCAGGAGUGUUACGUGAAAGAGAUCGAUGCCAAUAAAGAGAAUGUCAUCCUGAUCAACAAGGCAGACCUGUUGACUGCUGAGCAGCGCAGGGCCUGGGCCGCGCACUUCGAAAGCGAAGGUGUGCAGGUGAUUUUCUGGUCAGCUUUGGCUGGAACUUCCCAGCUGAAUGAGGAUCCAAAGGAGCCAGAGCACAGCGAAGCUGGAGAGGCCAGCACGGCCGAGUCUGCAGACUCCAGCUCAGAGGAGGACACAGGCAAGCCAAGCCCUUGCCCAGACAGUGAGGCGGUCAGCGAGGACGACAGCGAGUAUGAGGACUGCCUGGAGGAAGAGGAGGAGGAGGAGGAGGAGGACUGGCACACGUGCUCAGAGGAGGGCAGCGGCGCCGAGGAGGAAAAAGAGGAGGAGGAGGCGUACAGCCGGGGCUGGAGGGACAGUCCGGCCAACCCAGGGGCCUCGACUGGGGAGGCCCCACAGAGCAGGCUGCCCCGCAAUCUCAGCCACCUGGUGUCCAGGCAGGAACUGCUGGAGCUCUUCAAGCAGCUGCACGGCGGGAGAAGGGUGAAGGCCGGGCAACUCACUGUGGGCCUGGUAGGCUACCCUAACGUUGGCAAGAGUUCCACCAUCAACACCAUCCUCGGCAACAAGAAAGUGUCUGUGUCCGCCACACCUGGCCACACCAAGCAUUUCCAGACCCUCUAUGUGCAGCCCGGCCUCUGCCUGUGUGACUGCCCUGGCCUGGUGAUGCCGUCCUUCGUGUCCACUAAGGCAGAGAUGACCUGCAGUGGAAUCCUGCCCAUUGACCAGAUGCGAGACCAUGUUCCUCCUGUGUCACUCGUUUGCCAGAAUAUUCCCCGGCGCGUCCUGGAAGCCACCUAUGGCAUCAGCCUCACAAAGCCCCGGGAAGACGAAGAUCCUCACCGGCCUCCCACCUCAGAGGAACUGUUGACGGCAUAUGGAUCCAUGCGGGGCUUCCGGACGGCACACGGCCAGCCCGACCAGCCUCGCUCUGCGCGCUACAUCCUGAAGGACUACGUCAGGGGUAAACUGCUGUACUGCCACCCUCCCCCCGGCAUAGACCCCGUGACCUUUCAGUACCAACACCAGCGACUCCUGGAGAACAAGAUGAACGGUGCUGAAAUAAAAACGCAGCCAAGCAGAGACAGAAAGGAGAAGCAGAUUGAAAAUGUCGUUGACAAAACAUUUUUCCAUCAAGAGAACGUGAGGGCGCUGACGCGAGGGGUCCAGGCUGUGAUGGGUUACCAGCCCGGCAGCGGCCCGGUGACCGCAGCUGCUGUGAGCUCCGAGAAUGUGGUGGGGAAGCCCUGGAAGAAACAUGGCAACAGGAACAAAAAGGAGAAAAGCAGGAGACUCUACAAGCACCUGGACAUGUGACUGCAGCCAGGCACGACAGAGGAAGCUGUGUGGCAUAGGGGGAUGAGCAGCUGCUCAGGCCUUGGACUGCCCCAGACAGGCACCCACCAGCCUGCUCCUGGGGAGCACAGCCACACCCGCAGGCUUGGCACCAGGAUGGGGCUGCGUGGACCAGGCUCUGAGCAGCAGAGUCAGGAGCCCGGGAGCAGUUCCUUGGAGGGCAGAGCUCGGGAUUAGGGGCGGAUGAUGGGAUCUGUGUGGACGGGCACCGGUUUGUGAAAUCAGGAGAGUCUGUAGAUUAAAGUUCAGCUACCA